GGCUUGUGGGGACCAGCCGGAAUCCACAGGCUUCUCUUCUUAUUCUUCAAUCCUCUGUUAGAAACCAAACCCGACACAGGCAUCAGAAGAUGGAGGAUGAAAAUGGUUACGCUAUCAUGACGAAGAGGAUAAUCUCAACCCAGCCAUCUCAGCACCGGAGCCAAGGCUCUCCUCCCGUCUUCGACGGUUAUAAAGUUGCUGUGGGAGUUCUAGGGGCUGUGUGUGUCCUCCUGGUGUUGGCUGUGAUUGCUCAGCAUGUCUGGGGUUUCCAGGCUGGACAGGCCAGUUGCAGCGGCAAAUGCGACAUCCAGCAGGAGGCCUUCAUAUCUCGUCUCAGGCAGAGUCUGUGUGACCCAGCCCGGAGCGGCCCUGCAGUGGGAGCCAGGUGCGCACUCUGCCCCAAGGACUGGCAGGCGCACAAGGGAAAGUGCUACUGGGAUUCUAAAAGGAGCCAGAUUUGGAAUGCGAGCCAGAAGGACUGUGAAUUGAGGAAUUCACAAAUGCUCGUGAUCCAGGACCAAGAGGAGAUGGAUUUCAUAAACACUAUCACAGACGGUACAAACCACAUCUGGAUCGGCCUGAACAACACAUCCCACACUGGAAACUGGACCUGGGUGGACGGCUCCCCUUUAAAUCAAACAUUGUUCCCGGUCUCGGGUCCUGUUGCAUCCAACAGCUGCGGGGUGGUAAAGGGGAACCGGAUCAACUCGGAAACCUGCAGCGCCGAAUUCAAGUGGAUUUGCCAGAAAGACGCUGUCACGGUGUGAAGAAAUGAGAACGUCAGUGCCCAGGAAAGCGCUCCUGCCCCAUGAGGAUGAAUUCAAAGGUCUUUAUAUAGAGACUCUGCCCUCUUCCUCUAAGCUGAUGCGGCGCAACAGUUGCCAAAAUAAGGGAAUUUGAGUCCUUGAUCUAGUCCCUUUGUUCCCUAGUGCUGCUGGGAGCAGUGUGUGUGUGUGUGUCUGUCUGUGUGCAUGUGUCUGUGUGCGGAUGCCCAGUGGCUAGAGAGGAAACCAGGAAAGGUGUAUUCUAUUCCUGGCUUGGUCACGUGACCUGGAGCAAAUCCCUUUCUUGUGCCGUGCCUCAGUUUCUCCACCUAUACAAUGUUGUAAUGACACUGAACUCUGUGAUGUGCUUUGAGAGCUCUGGGGGCAAAAUGAUUAGAUGGGAGUCCCGAGCUCGCACGCCUUAGGACGAGCAAGUGAUGGUGGAUGUACUGGCUGUGUCUACACCACAUCUGGGAGCGAGCGGCCCAGAAGAGGGUCCAUGGACUUAUGCUAAAAAUAGCUCUGUAGAUGGUGCAGUUGGGGCUGGGGUUGGGGCUGCAGCGAAGAUGAGACUAUUUUUAGCAUGUUUGUGUACCCAAGCUGAGACUCUCACUCCCCGCUGCACUGUGGACAUACCCUCAGGAAGCCCCUGCUCCCCGGCAGGAGCGCUGGGGGGAGCGAGGGGCACUGCAGGCUGAAGGGGUGGAGAGAGGCCCCAACAGUGCCACUAAUCCCUAAUUUGCCUGUUUCUGGGGACUGGAGGAAUGCAAGGAGUCGCUGGUGCCCAGCCUCCACAAGCUAUGAAGGGCAUGAUGGCCCCAGUAGCCAUAUAGAUUAAAAAAAGCCCCACUCCUUAACCCAGUACCUACAGCAAAGCUUGGCAGUCUUCAAGUUGUAAUUUCCAUGCAUAACACUGGUUUCGUUUUAAGCAUUUUUUUUUCUAUUUGUGUCUAUUUAAAUGUUCAUAUUUCUGGAAAGUUGGGGGAGGUUCAGCCAAUG